AUGCAGAGCCGUCGACCAAAAUUUCUACACUAUUUUUCCCGCCGGACAGGUUCAAAUUUUAUGGGUGGAGAUGUAGAUACUCUUAUGGAUCUCGAUUAUCUUGAAGAGCCCCAACUUACUUUUAGAUUAAAUAAUAAUCUUUUUACCGUUCCAUCAUAUCUUAAUUGGGUGUCAAAUAAACCCCGACCUCCUGAAAUGGAACCUAUCACAUCAGGCGAGAGUUCUAUAAGUUCUCGACGUGGGACAGGAAGACGCUCAUCUCUUAAUCGCCUGACUGGAGAUGGAAAUAUGGAUUUAGCAUCCCAGCGUCUCCUGUUUAAUGAAGUUGAUCCUAAAGGUCAACCGGCACCUUCUUUCUCUGAUAUGAAUUCUCCCACCGAAGGUGGCUGGGCUGCAAUUACCAGUGUAGCUAGUCAGGGACAUAAGACUUCCUUCUUGCUAUGA